AUGGCGUCCGCCUACGACCGGGAGGACGGCCUCGCGCCGCCGCAGCCGCACGGCGGCGGCCCCGCCGACGCCUACGAUCCCAACUACGUCCCGGACUCGGUGAAGACCUUCGUGGUGCACCUGUACCGCCACAUCCGCGACAAGAACGUCUACGAGAUCCACCAGAUGUACGAGGGCGGCUUCCAGCGCCUCUCCGACCGCCUCUUCCGCGACACGCCCUGGCCGUCGGCCGAGGCCGUGGCGCCCUACUGCGACGGCGACCACGUCUUCCUCCUCCUCUACCGCGAGCUCUGGUACCGCCACGCCUACGCGCGCCUCUCCCCCCUCACCGCCAGCCACCGCUCCGAGUCCUGGAACAACUACUGCGACCUCUUCAGCGUCGUCCUCCACGGCGUCGUCAACAUGCAGCUGCCUAACCAGUGGCUGUGGGACAUGGUGGACGAGUUCGUCUACCAGUUCCAGAGCUUCUGCCAGUACCGCGCCAAGCUCAAGAACAAGACGGAAGACGAGCUCCAGCAGCUAAAGCAGUUUGACAAGGCAUGGAAUGUCUAUGGGGUUCUCAAUUACCUGCAAGCACUCGUUGAGAAGUCCAUGAUCGCACAGAUUCUGGAGAGGGAGAAAGAGGGGCUGGAGUCGUUUACCGCCACCGACGGGUAUGACUACCAGGGUGGGAGCAAUGUGCUCAAGGUCCUGGGUUACUACAGCAUGAUUGGGCUUCUCAGGAUACACUGCCUUCUUGGUGAUUACCACACUGGCCUCAAGUGCUUGGCACCGAUCAACCUUAACCAGCAGGGGGUCUACACCAUUGUGAUUGGGAGUCACAUCUCGACAAUCUAUCAUUAUGGAUUUGCAAACCUUAUGAUGCGCAGGUAUGUCGAUGCUACCAAGGAAUUCAACAAAAUUCUGCUUUACAUUAUAAAGUAUAAGCAGUACCAUCAGAAAUCCCCUCAGUAUGACCAGAUUCUGAAGAAAAAUGAGCAGAUGUAUGCGCUGCUGGCAAUUUGCCUAUCUCUGUGUCCGCAGAACAAACUCAUAGAUGAAAAUGUUAGCGCCCAGCUGAAAGAAAAGUACAAUGACAAAAUGACAAAGAUGCAGAGGUUUGAUGAUGAAGCAUAUGCUGCCUACGAUGAGCUAUUUUCGUAUGCCUGCCCCAAGUUUAUUACGCCAUCACCUCCAGUUCUGGACCAGCCACUUACAAAUUAUAACCAGGACGCCUAUCGGCUUCAAUUGAAGCUGUUCCUGUAUGAAGUGAAGCAGCAACAGCUGCUUUCUGGGAUCCGGAGCUAUCUAAAGUUAUACUCAGCAAUAACUAUCACCAAACUUGCCCAGUAUAUGGAAAUGGAUGAGGCAACACUUAGGUCUAUCCUUAUGACGUACAAGCACAAAAUGCAUGCAGUUGACAGUAAUGGGAAAAUUGUAUCCAGUGCAGACUUUGAUUUCUACAUUAAUGAGGAUGUUAUUCAUGUCGUGGAGUCCAAGUCGACCAAGCGCCAUGGUGACUACUUUUUGAGACAGAUUUUAAAGNUUUGA